UUCAGUACAGAACGAGUUGCAGAUGAGAUCGGUAAAAAAACGUGUUUUUCUAUAGCAGUGCUUAUUCAUAAUAUAGAGCUAUUGUAAUAUUCUCACAAGGCAUCAUCGUUUCUUAUGUGAAUAGUUUAUGAUUUUUUUUUUUACAAAUAUAAAUUUCAUCUCGAUCUUUUUUUACUCUGAUAUUCUUUCAAAUGGACUUAAUUAGGACUUAAAGAAGAAGUUAAAAAAAAAACAUUCAGGAAUAAUAAUUCAAGAAAGAAAAAAUUUUGUUUUUUAUUGACACACAAGAAGUAAAAAAAAUAGUCAGCAGAAAAAGAAGAAUUUUCGAAAACUUCUUGAAGUAACAACAACAACAACAACAGACGGUGGAAAAGUGAAGUUAAUUCAUUUCUUGAGUUAAAGUUUAUAGUGUAAAUAAUAAUUAAAACAAUUUUUUUUAUAUAUAUAUUUAAACAUGUUUUUGAAAAUUUAAUGAACUAGACGAAAGAAGAAAAACGAGCCGAAAGAAAAACAACCAACAAAAUUUUCGGCAAAAGAAAAUCUGAAAGUGUUUUUGAUAUAUGAAAAAAAAGAAAAAAAUAUUCCAAUCAGAACCAGAACGAUUUUUUUUGAGUGAAAAUAGAGUGAAUUAUAUUAUAUUAAUUAAAGAAAAUAACAGAGAAAGAGAAGAAGAGAAUAAUUAUGAAUGAAUUGAGGUGUGAACGAUUGAAUUUAAAUUUAAAUUGAACGCAAAUUAUAAUUGAUUUGCGGAGUGUUACUAUAUCAAACGUAUAAUUAAUAAAAAAAAGAAAAGAUUUUUUUGAGUAAUUUAGACACGAAAGAAAAGAAGAAAAUGGAAAUUUAUCAGAACAAAAAUUAUAAAUUAUUUGAUUACCUCAUAAAUUAUAGCUCAUAAAAUUUAAACAUUUAAAACAAAAACAACAAACGUAAAGUAAAAAAUAAAUAUUUAAAUAAAGGGACAGUUGGUGGAGGAAAAGAAAAAAUAAUAAUUUUUAUUGCGCUGAAGUGAUGCUAAUGAUUUAAAUAAAUAACUUUAAUUGUUUCGAGAGUGAUAAAAUAAAGAAAACUAAUAAUAAAAAGAAAAUUCUUUCUCAGGAAGUGAAUAUUAAAUGAUUCUUCAGGGAAAUUCACACAAUUUAAAUAGUUAAAUAAAGUUAAAGAGAAGAAGGAGAAGAAAGAAAAAAACACAAAAUUAAAGAAAAAGAACAAUUUUUAUACCUAAAACAAAUAAUUAAGAGUAAUUGUUUUGUAUUAUAAAUUAAAUAUAAAAUUAAGAACACCCACAUCCAACAACAAAAAAAUCAUUUAGAGUCGUAGUAAUUUUGUACUUUUAUACAUAUUUUAUAAUUAAACACAAGUGAGUAAAAUAAAUAUUCUAAAAGAAAAAUAUUUUAAAGAAAAUAACAAACCGAACAAAACUAAAAAAUCCAAUAAACUGAAAGACGAACAAAGAUCGAACUUUUGUGACUUUUCCACAACAAUUUUAUCGCAACCGAAAAAAAAGCAACUUUUUUCGCAACCAAUUUAAAAAAGGAACAAAAACCGCAAAACUAAAAAUUACCCACAGUGAGUGUCAAUAAAAUAUUACGAAAAUAGCUACCUUGGCGUUGUAUCAUCCGUUGCACCAAAUGGCGCCACGACGAAAUCCCACCAGCCAAACGGCAUUGGACGUUCAUUCGCUGCUCGGACUGGAUCCGGACAGUCUUGACUCCGUGCAGCCGAACAAUCAUCAGUCCAACACCGGCAUGGACAACUAUGCACGCUGCUGUGUACCGAUCGGCGAUUGCUUCAAAGCAUGUUCGGUGGACUUUGGUCUCAUCGCAAUGGACGAUCUGCGCGAUUGUGUUCGUGUGAUUUGCAACAAUGAAAAUUGUACCGCCGGACAGUACAUGCACCGCGAAUGUUUCGAGCAAUGGGAACAGGGUGUUCUGUCGUAUUUGAAGUCGAUCGGACGGGCACGUUCCUGGUCGGACCGGCAACGUCAUCAGAAUUUGUGGACCAAAAAAGGGUACGAUUUGGUGUUCAAGGCGUGCGGUUGCAAGUGUGGCCGUGGCCAUUUGAAAAAGGAUUUGGAUUGGGUGCCACCGCCGAUGCACAGCAACAUUUUCGGUCGCAUGGACGAGGAAGCGACGAAAAAGAAAAAGAAACGCAAUCGUAACAAUCAGAAACCGAUUCUGUCGAUAACCAGCAAUCCUAUCGGUUUUCAUCCAUCGUCACAGAUGUUGGGCAAUGGUGGCAAUGUUGGUGUAUCGGUAAAUACAUCAUUGAUCGCUCCGAUUGAGCUCAGAACUCGGACGGGAAGUUUGUCGUCCAGCAACGGUUCCAGUUCGCCGCCAGCAUCGGCAUCCAGCGAUCACAGCAUUUCGCCCGUACACAAUGGUGUAAUCAAGAAGCAGAAAUCACGAGUCGAAGCUUAUUCAGAACGUGUCAGAACAACAUCUGGUUGCAAUGGAAUUUUCUCGAGACGCCUUGACUUCUCCACAUUCAACAUGCUAUCAAAGACUCGAUUGAAUUCGUAUCAGAUUAAGAUGGAAGACGAAGGAAAUCACGGCAACGACGAGACACGUCUAUUCAUUCUAUCAUCAUUGGCACAACAUCAGAAAAGUCGCGUCUCGUGCAUACUGUGUGAAGAACCGAUGCUUGUCUUUGAUCGUUAUCCUCUAGUCGACGGAACAUUUUUCUUGAGUCCGAAACAGCAUGCAAAAGGAUGUACGGAGGUAAAAUACGACGGCCAUACUCAAUAUUUGACUGCUGUUUGUAUGGGCUGUUUGGAUGGUGGCUCUCAGGACCGUAUAAUUCGAUGCAGAUUCUGUGCUCAAAAAUGGGAUGGAUCCUCAUUGGUUCUUGGAACUAUGUAUGCUUACGACAUUUUCGCUGCCAUGCCAUGCUGCACGGAAAGACUUAAGUGUAAUCAUUGCUACAAAUUGCUGCUAUACCCGCAUCAGCGUUUGAACUUCUUCAGCGACUACAGUCACGUUGUUUCGUGUGUUCACUGCACCACUCAGGACACACAUUUCGUUAAGCCAUUGGCAUACUGUUACACCAAGCAGCCGUUACAGGUAUUCCAGCCGUGGCCAUAACAUGAAGCCCCACUGGAGUCUCCUAAAAAGAUAACGGCCAUACAGCAACAGAAACAACAACAGUCAUCAUCUAAACCGAAUGCAGCAUCAGCUCAGCUUAAUGUAUCAUCGAACGAUUCAUUUGUCAGUUCAUUAAUCGAAGAACUAAAGACAAUAAAUUUAGGUAAUAACGUAAAUAGUUUAGAUGGUGUAUUUUCCUUGCUAGGAGACUCCAGUAAACAAUCGACUAAUAAUUCAGGCCAAUCGAACGGCUGGUCUAAGCUCCCAUUGUGGGGCGAUCCACAAAGUCCGACCCCAUCCAUUAAAACCCAAUACCAUAGCGCCAGUAGUCACACUAACAGCAAAGAAUCGCUGUGGCAUUCCACCCAAUCGUCACCAAACAGUAAUCUUAGAGAACAAUCGCAAUCAUCAACCAGUCAGACAUGUAUGUGGGAAAAUCCGAUAACCAAUAAAAUAACCCAGCCAUCGUUGAAUUACUGCAAAGAUCCGAUCGGUUCGAUUUGGACAUCGCCGACCGCGGCCAAUUACACCCAAACGAAUCAGUCCACCAACAAUUCCAAUAAAAUGUCAAAUAUUUGGGAAACAUCGACGCCCAAUUCAACGAUGUCAUCGUACGGUAACGGAAAUGCCGGCACCGCAUUCAAUCAAUCGAUCAAAUCGGAUGGAAAUCAAGUCAAUGUGAACAAUAGUCAUAGACUCGUUCGUCCGCAAGAUAUCUCUUGUGAUGUAUGGAGCAAUCAUAACGGUGCUCUUGGUGUAAACAAAGCCAAAGAACCCGUCGGUUCGUUAUGGGCAACACCGACGACAAAUUCAAUAGCCGGCAAAGGUGCUGGUAAUAUGAAUAAUAAUAAAAAUACCACCAAGCCAAUUGUGAAGUGUUUGAAUUUCGGUACCAGUUCGGCUCAUUCGAAUUUGGUGACGUCAUCGACGACAACCGUUUCGAAUUCGAAUGCUACUAAUUCCAUUACUAAUAAUAAUAAUCAACAACAACAACCACAAUCGACUGCUGCCAGUUCAUGUUUGCAAUUGUUCUCUGACGAAUUUCUAAACUAUUUAAAUAUGAUUAAUUAGUACAUAGUGUUGUAGUUUAAAUAUUUCUCUAAUUCUAUAUAUUUACAACUAACUAAUUUUUUAUUAUUUUUUUAUUUUAAUUUUUUUUAUUAUUUUUUUUUUUACUUAGAUCAUAUAAUUUAUGUCAUUAUUGUUAAUUAGUUUUAUUGUGUAGUGUUUUAUUCGUUUUUCAGUUUUUUUUUUAAUUUGUUUUCGUUUUACUUAGAACAAUUGCAUGCAUUAGUUACAAAUUAUAGAUGGAAAAUCGGAGAAGUCAUUUUCGACCAUAAACUGAGUUCCCCAAUCAUUUGAAUGCUUUGACAAAGAAAAAUUGAUUUGAUUUUGCCAAAUGAAAAUUUUAAAUUCAAAUUCAAAUUACCGCAAAGCAAAAUGAAGAAAAUGUCAUCACAACUUCAAGGCAAGGCAUUCUAAUGUUGGCACAAUUUUUUUUAUGGAAAAAAGGUAUCAACGAUUUAAGUUUUAUGUUCUAGUGAUUGAGGAUAUCUUCUGGGAAACAUAUAUACAACAGAAGAUUAUCACCUUUAACAUAAAUUCUAACUAAAAAUAGCGCGUGUAUGUUUGAUUGUUUGUUUUUAGUUUUUAUUACAAUUUAAAUUUUAUAUAUUUUUCGCGGCAUGAAUUGUGAAUGAAUUGAGAACAUUUUUAUAAAUAUAUAGAUAUGUGUAGGUAUAUAUUUCAAUGCACAAUAAGUAGCUUCGGCUUGGCGUAACAUUUUUUAUUUUGAAAUAUUUUUUUUCUGUUUCCUCUUCGUCGUGUUUUUCUUUUUCUCUUUUUUAUUUUUU